AUGGCGUCGCUUUGGAUGCCCGUAGGCCGUGUGAUAUUUUUUGUUCUCCUGCUUAUCCAAGGGGGAUUUUUUGUCGCUUAUUCCAUCAAAUAUAAGGUUGCAGCUUGGGCACCGAUAGUACAAGGUGUUUUAUUUGCUAUAACAGCGAUCGUGUGGCUUGCUCUCAUCAUCCGCAAGAAGGCGAAACUUAGUUGUCUGUUUUAUGUCUGGGUUUCAUACGUUAUUACCCUUGUCGUGAACAUUGGAAUCUUAUUUGGAACUAUCGGAGACAAACUCGACAGCGAAAAAUUCCUUGGCCCUAAUGUCCUGAAGGGAGUUCUGUGCGUCACACCUCCUCUGUUGCUGUUGUUGUUACACAAUGCCGACGAUUUAGAUCGCUCUGAUGAGCGCAAAGAUCUAGUGUCUAAGCUUUCCUACCAAAUGGCCAUCGAUCUUUUCGACGUUGUAGAUAUGAUAGAUAUCGUCUUGGAAGACAAAAGACACGGAAGUGUGAAUUGCUCGUGUGCAAAUGUUACAGUAAAUGAAACCCAACCGACAAUUGUAACGUCAAGCCUCAACACAAUUCCUGAAAGUUUCGGAAUAGUCAUGGUUGCAGUGGCAUCUCUAAGUUUACUUAUGUCACUUUGGCAAUUGUUUGAGAACAAGCUAUCAAGAGAUGACACAAAGAUUCGCUUCCGAGCGACAGUUCUUCGUAAUUUGGUAGAGAUAGCUUUGGUUAAUUUCGCCUUCUUGAUCAUUCGCUUAGUGGCGUACGCUGAGUACCGCAGAGAUGAGUCUAUCUUUAUUGCAAAGAAUAUCAUAUCAAUAGUUUUGUCCAUUUUGGAAAUUAAUGCACAUUGUGAAUCACAUUCCGUUAGAUUUUGGUCUGAGUUAUGUAAAAGUUGUUUUGGACUGAGAGUGGUCUAAAAUGGCAAGCAGUGUUUGUUGUCAUUACUUACUCUGUGCGAAAUCGGUUUAGAGACAUAACUUUGUGAAAACUGCUUAGACAUUAUUUAUUAUAGUAAUUUUUUUACCAUUGUAUCGCUGGAUGAAGGUGGACUUUCCUGCUCCUGUUUUAUAGUUGUGACUUAAGUGUAUCUCAUGCAUGAUUAAUAUGUGCGGUGCUUCUAAAGCCGAGGUCAAAUACAAGGUAGCUUUGUAAGUUUAAAAAAUCUGACAAGUUUUGCUACUUUAUACUCUUUUACUUCUUUUUAAGGUUUGAAUUUAAUGUAACAUAACAUAUAUGAUUUCAAAUCUGUCGAGAAAUUAAGACUACAAGACUCUUGAUGUGUAACUGAAUGUGUAAUCAUGGAAAUGAUUAAACAGCGUCACCCAAAUCGAUCACCAAACUACGGUUACACACAUUAAGAACUAUUUCUCACAGUGUUCAAAUAUUCAAUUUCAACAUGGUGACCCACAAACUAAAAAGGCAGCGAUCUCAGUGGGUUAUAAUCAAUGAAUUUAGUCUUUAGACUUUGUAAACGAAUAAUAGAAACACUUACAAACUUGUAACCUUGACUUUGCCUGCCAAGAACUAUUACGAAUGCACGGUAAACUAUUAAUUCGGACAGCGAAAGAUUACGCACAAAAUUUCAAUGUUGUUGAUGGGGAGUUCAUACUCAACUAAAAGUUAGUAUUCAAAUGCAAUAGUUUUAAAUUUUUAAAAUUCUUGUCCUGUGAGACACGAGAGAUUUUUCUAGAAUUAUUUCAAUUAAAUCGUUCAAUUCAUAUGAAGACAAGCCAUAGAGUUCACGAGAGAUUUUUUCUAGAAUUCUUUAAAUUAGAUCGUUCAAUUCAUAUGAAGAACGGCAAUUUUGUUUUUUCUCGAGUGGAAGGCUAAAAACAGGGCUAAAAAGUUCGAAUUCGUUAAACUAACGAAAACGAUGGAAAGGCAGUCAUGGUUAGAUGCAAAUUUUGUAUCCCACGUAAUUCAGGGGAGUCGCUUAACUCCACAGUUGCUCUUAUUACGUCACUUACCAAAAGCAAUCGGGUUUUUAAUUUGUAUUUGUUCACAUCGGCUUUUCUCGGAAAAGAUUACUUCAUUGUCUUACGCUUUCUCAGAAAGGGCAGCACUAAAACAUGGAAUCCGGAAUCCGGAAACGGAAACGGAAUCACGGAAACGGAAACAGAAACAGAGACGGAAACGGAAUACGGAAGCAAAUAUCAAUGAUAGAAAAUUAAAGAAUUUCACAUUACACAAUUUAGUACAAUCCAAAGAGAAUUUGUGUUAGUUUUCUUGGCAGUUCCCUUAAAUAUAUUCUUGUUAUUGUGUCUUGAUAAGGUUUGCCGUAGUGUGGGUUACUGCACUGCAAGGCCGAUGAAAGUAAUUUUACGAGUAAUUUUUAUUCACGAGUUCAUGGGUUGAAUAAUACAGUUAAAUAUUACUUUUGUAGCUAAUUGUCAAGAAUAGUAGUAGUUAGCCUGAGACCACACCACGUGAUUGUCCCCAAACUGAAUACUCCACACAUGACCGACCGGUGACGUGACCACAGUUCCGGUGUUUUAGCAAUAAGUUCAACUU